AUGCAAUGGUACACGUUUGGUGAUAAGAAAACUGAUGAUCAAUGUGAUUCACGUGACGAUACACAAAGGAAAAUUCAAAAGUGAGGAAGUUAUCAUUUCGAAGAUUCCGAUGAUCCCAACCGAUAUGCCCUUUGAGUUUAAACGAUUUCAAUUUCCGAUUUGUCUUGCAUUCAUCAUGACAAUUAACAAAUUACAAGAAGAACAAUCAUUGAGUGUUUGUGGUCUGAGUUAAGAUAAUGCAUGUUUUUCUUGUGGUCAAUUGUACGUGACAUAUUCACAUGUCGGCAAACUAAGUAUAACCUAAAAAGCAAAAUACAUAGCUUCAUUAAAGGAAAUGUCUUGUCGACCCGCCGUUGAAAUACUUGAUUUUUGUAGUUUUAUUAAAUUAUUAUUUUCUUUAUAUAUAUUGUCUAAUGAACCAUUAAACUUAAUACAUUUUUUGUAUUCAUUUUAUUACGUUAAUUAAUAUUAUAAAUUAAGUUUAACUUAAAGGUAUCACUACAUGCAUUGACUGUCAGGUGAUAGGAAGUUCACUGGUUCAGAUAGAUUUAAAUAAAAGAGAUAUUUGGUUAUAAAAAUGUCCUUCUUGCAUCAAACAGUAAUUACCUGUUCUAUUUCAAUUAUAAUGAUUAAAGAACUUGAAUUUUAUUAAUGUAUUCUCAACUUGAAUAAUAUGGACAUAAUAAUAAGUAAAAAAUAAAUAAUUAACUAUCAUUUAAUAACAAAAAUACAAAAAUAAUUAAUACUUAAUCUUCACGAAAUGUAAAACAUUGCAACGAAAACACAAAUCUACUGAUAAUAAUUUAGAAACGGUGUUUACCAAACCUUUUAAUCUACAACGAAAAAUAACAAGGUUAUCUACCAUAGUAUUAUGUUUAAAUCAUUGAAAAAUAAAACAAUACAAUUUAUAAAUAUAACGUAGAUAUGUAAAAAAGGCAUUUACACACAAUUACAUAAACGCUUUUACAGUGCUCAAUUAUUAAAAUUUCGAACUAAAAUGUAACACGUAAUACUAACACGUAUAGAAUAGAGGUCGUCGAGUUCAAAAAAAUAUUUUAAGCCCCAAAAACCAGCCCUUUAAUUACGUAUUUAUUUAUUAUAAAGUCAUAAGAUAUCUUCACUACAAUCAGUUGUGUUACUACAAUAAUUGUUAAUACAUUAACUUUAAGGAUUUAAUUAAUAAGUUUGCUGAAGUAAAAUCAAGAAAGAAGAAAUUUUUAUAAAUCUGACUAUUUAUGACUUUAAAUAUAAAUUAAAUAUUUUAAAAAUUUCGUUAUUGACUCAUUUAUAUUAUUUAAACUAAUGAGAUACAUAUCAUAAUGUGCAAUAAAAAGUGACCUUAUUCAUAAUUGUAUAAUAAAUAUGAUUUAAUUAUUAAUUACCUAUUAGCAGAGGUGGAUUUAGAUAAAUAUUCUGAAAGUGGUUUCAUGCUCUUCAUAUCCCAAAUAUGUAAGACCAAUGGCCCACUGAAUCAUUUUGCCAUGGGCAAUUGAAGUUCUAAUUAUGCCACUGAUUAUAGUAAAUUAUUAUUUUUCAUAAUAGCUCAUAUUUUUGUUUGAAAUUAUAUUAUUCGUGAACAUUGGACUAAAUUACUUUCAUAAUGAUUACUUUAGUUAAUUACUUUACUUUAGUUGAAAAUAUAAUAUAUGAAGUUAAAGUCAAUAAAAAUUAUUUUUAAAUUGUACUUAAUAAAAAUUCACAUGGCACCAUCUUUAUGUCCUUAAUUGGUACAGGUUUUGUCUUGAGAUCAUCAUACAACUACCAGUGUAUUUGUACCACGUAAUGCGUAAGUUGUAUAAUGGCCAAUAGAAUGUUUAAGUUUUGUUUUUCCAUGAUGAAAUGAUAUUACCCCACGAUAGCUACAUAUCGGUAUAUACCAAUCUUAAAAAUGAUUUUAGAUACAACAAAUAGAUACUCAUUUAUCAUUGAGGAAAAACCUAUCUAAAAGAGUCCAAUAAUCAUUAUAUAUAUCUUUAAAAUUGAAAAAAAUGUUAAAAUAUUAGUAAAUAAAUACAUAAUUACUUAAUUCAGUACGUAUUUUAAUUUUUACCUAAUGAAUGCAUUUUAAUAACAUAAAUAAAUUUAUUGUAAAUUUAAACUGAUUAAUUUCCUGAAAAUGUGUAACAAAAAUAAUGUUGAAAUAAAUAGUUUGUUGCUCAAUAAUAGGAAAAAAAAGACGUCCUAGGAUAAUGGAGACGGGUGCAGCUACUGCUAUAUAUAAUUUAAUGUAUACCUGUAAGCAAUGAUAAACCACCAAUUGAUAAUGAUGCAAUUUCAACAUUAUAUAUGUCAUUUUAUAGUAAAAUAAUUAAAUAAGCUUUAUAUAUUUUCUUUAAUAAUAUUUGUUUACUGUUGUACUGCUUUCACAGUUUUCCUACGUUUUCCCGGGGUUUCCUAUUUUUUAUCACGGUUUUUCACAUUUUCUGGGAAAACUUGAGAAAAUCAAAAAAUUACCUAUUUAAAGUAUCACUGUAGUAAAAUUUCCUUUUAAAAACAUUGCUAUCAUUAAAAGUUGGAGCACAAUUGCUGGUUGAAAAGUUAGUAAUAUUUUAGUAAUAUAUUUCGUACGUUUCGUACAAAUUUUACGAGAAUUCACAUCGAUUAUACUUCAGAAAAAGUACUACACUUAGAAAUCUGAGCAAGUCUUCUGUUAGAAAAGUUGUUAACAAAUAAAAAAUAAUAAUAGAAAUAUUAAUAAACACCUUUGUAAAACCAUAAGCUUCUUUGCUCCACUCAGUCUAAAAUACAAUAUUAAAUGUCUUGUAUAACGAAUAAAUAUGUUUUACUUGCAAUAUUAUUCUUAUUAUAAUUCUUUGUUUCAGUCAAUUGUUUGUUUGGUACAAAAUAACGAUAUUAUGCCUUGGUGUGUAGUAACUGGUUGUAAGAAUAAUUUGAAAGCUGCAAAACAAAAAGCUAAAGAUGUAUCAUAUCAUAUUUCCCAAAAAAUCAAGAACGUCGGAAUGCUUUAAAUCAACCUCUCAAUUUUAAAGUUGAUUCAUCAUACAUCUGUGUCUUUGAAGUCAAGUAAGUCGAGCAAUGUUUAUAAUCUAUUAUCAAUAUUACAAUGAUAACAUGAUUAAGUUAUCACAAAUCAUCAUAAAUAUAGUUUUAAAUACACUACGAUCUACAUUCAAUUAAAAUUAUAUGCAAUUUUAACAUAGGUAAUAUAUAUAUUUUAAAUUAUUAUAAUUUUGUUGGUUAUCACUAAGAUUGAUAACAUCGACAUGCAAACAUUGCCCAAUCAACAUUACGACUGUUGGCUUCAAGUAUAGGCAACGGAAUAAGGCAUCUACUAUAUAGUAUACAUCCGUGGAUAUAAUAUUCAUUAUACAGUGUGUCUCACCAUGGACAACGGAUUUUUCUAGUGCUGUUAAUAUAAUAAUGUUUUCGAUUUUAUUUUUUUUCAAUUGGUUUGUCUUCGAGGGGGACAUCGAUUUGGAGAAAAUUUUAAUUUCCUAAACAUAAAAAAAAAAGUUACUUUAUUUAUUCACUUCAGAAAAUUUUCAAAAUAAUCAUUUUGUAAAAAAUAUUAUUCAAAAAAUUUAAAUGUAUUACACAUUUAUAUCUAAUGAAUAAUUCUUAAUAAAAUUUAAAAACAUUUAAAAAACUUAAUGGUUUGUUGUUUUUGUUGUUGAUGCAAUUUAUUGAAGAAAAAUAUCAUAAAAAACGAAGAUUAUUAGUAGACAAAAUGAAAAAUUCUAUUAAAAGAAUAAACCGUAGAUGAUCAAUGCAGGACACAUCAGAAACAAUAUUCAAAGCAUUGAGUAAUAAUGCUUAUGGUAAAUUUGUAGACAAUUUUUCAAUAAUUAAUGAAGUAUAAUGCAAUUUAGUAUAGUACAAUUUUAAGAGGACAUUAUAAUAUUUUACAAUCUAUAGGAUUUUUCUUUAUUAAAUUGUGUAACUUAACAUUUGUUUAGAAAUUUUAUUCAGAUUUUAUUUUAUUUUUGCUACUAUUCCAAAAUGAGGAAUAAUGUAAAUAAUAUAUUAUAAUGGUUUUGUAUAAAUCAUUAGUUCUCAUGGUUUAGUUUUGUAUUUUAUAGCAAUAACUUGCUGUGUAGUAUGUGGGUAUUAUAUGGUAUUUCGUAAAUAUUAAAUUCGGAGCGUAACGAGGGAUCUAUUGGUUUUACUCAUAUAGAGUAAUAAUAUAACUAUGAUGGGUGUGUAUGCAAUUAACGACAUUUCCUCGUAAUUUUGAACACGUGUUCAUCGUACGCUUUAUAUAAUAUAAUAAUUUAUUCUACCAAAAUAAAUUAUUAUAUCCAUUAUGGAAUCCAAAAACUCAAAUUCAUAAAUGUAAAUAAUUCCUGAUCCCGCCAUAAAUUCGUGACCACCAGUUUUUAGUGGUACCUUUUUCGAUCUGUUCAGUGUUCAGUCUAGCAUUACAUACUUUUAAACUCUUCGGUAUCAUUGAAAACUAAUUUAAUUUAAUUUAAUAAAUAAUAAUUACAAUUGCACUACAGAUGACAAUGUCUUUGUAUAAAAUGUGUAAAUUAUAUUUCAUAAUCAUGAUAUACGAUCGAUAACAAAUUGUUAUCAAUCUUGUAAUCCAAUAUUUAACAAAACCUUAGAAAUACGCUAAAUAUUUGAUCGGGUGAACCGUGUUAUCCUUUACCGAUACUUCUUCAUAUUCUUCAUAUUAAUCUUUAUUCUAUGCCAUAUUCCAUGCCUUUACCGGUAAUUUCACUAUUAUAUUAUCACUGAAUGUGUGUUAUAUUAUGUCGGACACGCUGUUUUUUUUCUAUAAUUGUUUGGUUACUGAUAACAAACUUACCGGCCAUCAUUUAUUUUAUAAUCUAUGUUGGUCACUACAUAAAGCCAUAAAAUAAAUGCAUAAUGUUAAAAUUGAAAAUUUCGGUAUCUAUUAAUAUUAUAAAUAUUUUGAUUUUAUUACUAUUAUGGUCAUUGGUAUGCAUAUAAUAUAAUAUUAUUAGUUAUUAUACUCAUUUUUGAAAAAGUUUAUUUUUUUAAAUUUUAAUAAAUUAUAUACUGUGUAUUUGUUGUGAUUAAUGUGCACAAUUUAUUUUGUUUUAGACAAUUACAUAUAUACCUUAAUGAAUAUGAAGAAUAAUUAUUUAAAAUACAAAAGGUAUAGUAGUAUAAUUAAUUAAUUAAUGUAUUUUAAUUGUGUUAUACCUAUGUUUAUUACCUUAGAUAAAAAAGUAUACUUUCAUCAGUAAUAAUGACAGAAGUUGACAUUCGGUACAUAGCAUUUGAACAUGAUCAUACCUAUUUAAAAACUAAGCCUGAUGGCAAAGAAGACAUUAAAAUUGUACAAACCAAUAUUUCCCCUGUUGGGCAAGUUUCAAUGAAAUCUUAUAGUAGUUAUGUUUAUAAAAUUGUACCAUAUAUAGUACCUAAUUGUUAUUAAUUUGUUUAAAUUAAAUAAUUACAAACUAUAUCUAAUUUUAGUUUUAUCAUAUUUUUUAGAACCAACAAUAAUGCAUAUUAUGUUUUAUCGGAUCCUCCGCCAACAGAUUCUCAACAAAAGACAGUCUAUGCAACUCAAAAUAAAACUAUUCUUUUAAAAACUCUAAGUGCACUGAAAAUACCAAACCCAAAUGUAUUUUUCAUUACAGAUCCUUUACAUUAUCCAAUACCAUUAAAAAUGAAUAUGUAAGAUAAAUAAGUAAGUUUUUAUUAAUAUUUUUUCAAUAUUUUUAUUAUUUUCAGAUCACCAAAUAACUCUUCUGUUCAAAAAGUUAAUACAGGAAAUAAAUCAACUAUGAAACCUAUACAACCAAAAAUAACAAAUGAUAUGAAAAUGAUUAACACUGCACAAACUCAAUCAAAUUUGUUCCUUUCUCCCUCUAAAAAUAAUUCUUUAAAUCCAAAAUUAUUAAUUAUGUAAGUACUUAAUACAGCAAUUAUUAUUAGCAUUUAAAAUAUUAUUUGUAUAUUAUGACGUCAGAUAGGUAAAUUUUUUCAAAGUAAAUAAUAUUUAGAUUUAUUUAAAUUACACGUAUCUUGUAUCUAAUUGCAUAAUAAUAUGGUGCAUAUUUAGUAUUAUUGAUUAUAAAUAUCAUGGAUCGUUCACUAGUCACACAGACGAUUUUUUUUUGGGGGGGGAGGGAUUGCCAUGCUUCCACCUAGACAUUUUGUUGAACUUUACAGAUAAAUAUUUUUUUUCUAACAGUAUAUUAUAUCACAACACAGACAUAGUGAAUACACCAUAUAUUAAUUAUUUAUUUAUUUAUUUUAUAAUUCAUCCGAAGGCCUGUUUAAGAAUAAUAAAUAAUGAUAAUACAGUAAUAUAGUGCAGUGAAUAAAGUAUAGUGAACAUAACAUGUAGUAUAAUAAAAGAAUUAUUGUCUACGAUGAAAAUGAAUAAUAUAAUUGUAUGUAUAUUAUAAAGUUUUUGUUUUGAAAUAAUCAACUGAAGAUAUGGGUAUCCAUAUUUACAUUUUAAUAUGCAUGUAUAAUCGUAUAUAUAUAUAAAAUAUUGCCCUCCCUUCCCUUAAAAUUUUAAUAAUGUACUGAUAAUGAUUUACAAAAAUAUACAUAUAUAUAUAUAUAUAUAUAUAUAUAUAUAUAAAUUCAAGGUUUUUGUGAUUAAAUAUUUAUGUGUAAGAAUUUUAACCAUUUUUUUUUUUUUUUUAUAUUUUUCAUGUACACACAAAGACAAUUAAAAACAAUACACUUUAAAAUUGGUUGUAUACUAAAGUAGAAUUAUGCCAACAAUUGAAAUGUUAAUACAUUUUUGUUAACUAAUGUUUAAUAAAUAUUAAACAUUUUUUAGGAUAAAAUAGUAUCAAAUGUUUUCACAAUUAGUUUUAAAAUAUGAAUAUUCAUUAUUUGUCUUUAAAUUAAAUGAAAAAUAAUAAUUUAUACUUAUCUCUCACAAGUUGAGUUGGAUCAUCCAUUAAUAGUUUUACUAGUCAGGAACUUUUUCCAUGCAAUUAUGUACAUCCUAUUUAAUUAUAGAAAAAUAAAUACAACAUUUUAUGUAGCAUAGAAAAUUCUAACUACUAAAUGGAUUAUAAAAUUAUAAUUCCGAUAAACUAAUGUGUAAUUUAGGCAUUUUCCAAAAUAUUUAUUAGAAUCAGUAUUUAUAUAAGGUUAUAAUUUUUAUUUUUUAUAAGUUAUUAAACAUUUAAAUUUAUUUAAAACUAAACAAAUUAACACAAGCAUUUAAAAUAAAAAUUUCCAGAACCUAUAACUUAUAUUUAAAUGUAAGUCCCUCUUUAAUCGGUAUUAAGUUUUAGUUUUAAAGUUUUUAAUUUUUUGUAAAAACAAAAAUUAAAUAUAUAAAAAUUGUAAACAAAUUCAAAUACUAAUUGUUAGGUAUUUAUUUCUUAAUAAUAAAAGUACUGAUGUUUUAAGUUAUUAAAUAAUCUAAAAGGUAGCAAAUAAAGCUAUAAUGUGUAGGAUUAGUAUUUUAAUUAGCUAUUAUGAUUAGCUUUGAAUGAUGUUUAUUAAUAAUGGAAUUUAAUACUGUUGUACUUUGUUUAAUUUUAGAAAACUAAAAAAACCACCCAAGAAAACAAAAUCUAUAGUACCAAAUAUACUACCAGAGAAACCUGUUGUCAAACUUAUUAAACCAAAUACAAUGAAUAUCAAACAUGUUUUUAGACAUAAUAUUAAAGCACCGAAAAAUAAAUUAGCUAAUAAUUAUGAAAAUGGAGUAUGCACAAUAAAGUUAUCAUCUAGUUUAUUCAAGGGUAUACAGAACGAAGAAAAGUUGUUUAUGUGUACAGAAUGUGAUAAAAUCUAUACAGAAUACAAAGAUUUAUUGGAUCACCAAAUAAUUCAUAAUAAAUUUGAUGAAAAAAAAAUUAAAUCAGAAACACAAAUAAGGUAAUGUUAAAUUAUUUGUCAUUAAAGGUGAAUUUUAUUAGUAAACAAUAAUUAUAUUUUACAGAAAAAACCCAAGUGAAAACUCAUUGGACACUAAUCUAAUAAAAUGUACAACAAUUGAAAGUGAAAAAAUGAUAAAUAACGAUAACAACGAAAUCAAUAAACAAACUAAACCCACAACAAAAACUACAAUUAAUCCUAAAAUGCAAAAAAUUGUUUUUAAAGAUGACUGUGCUCACGAGUUGGUUGCACAUAAUGCAAUUAAUUACGUUUAUAAUUGUGAACAGUGUUGUCAAGGUUUUCUUUAUAAAGAUGAAUUGGAAACUCACACUAAAACACAUCAUAAUGAAAAUAAAAAAUAUUUAUGUCCAUAUUGUGAUGCUAGUUUUCCUUAUUCUAAUGGAUUGAAAAACCAUCUAGUUAAACAUAUUGACUUAAAUGGUUCUAAAAACCCAACCACUGAAAUAGUAACCAAUCAGAUAAAGCUUAGUUCUAUUAGGCAUAUUAAAUCUGAAAAAUUUGAUCAGUUGUUUACAGAUUUAGAAAAUAUUCCAGAUGAUUGUGAUGAAGUUUAUUUUGAACAAGAUGUUGAUGAUAAAUAUCAAGUUAGGAUUGCUACAAAUGACGUAAAAAGUGCAUCAUUACCAUUAGAUUCACUUGUUGAUGAAGAUAUAGAAUUAAACAAGUAAAUGCUUAUAUUAUUUUAAUAUUAUACUUCAAGUAAUUUUGUAGAUAAAUUUAAUACGUUUUUAGUAAGAUGCCCAACUUGUAUUAAUAUAAUAAAUAAUAAUUUGCAUUUUUUUGUAGUGUGUUAUUAGAGGAUGAUAAAAAAACUAAUACAAAUCAACAGCAAAUUACAGCUGUAUCUAAAAAACGAGUAAGUUAUACAAUAUGCCGUUUAUGUUUGAUGAUUGUAAGUUAUUCAAGAAUUGGAAAACAUAUGAAGAAAAAACAUAAUAAUGCUGCACCUUAUCAAUGCAAUUUAUGUCAUGCUGAAUUUAACCGCAAAUACACUAUGGAUGAUCACCAAAGAAAACAUACAAAUAUUAAACCACAUAAGUAAUAACUUAAUACUGUUAAUAAGAACUAUACUAACAUCAAUCAUUUUUAUUUUAUGCAUUUUAAUUUUAUCAUUGUGUCUUAAAGUAUCGACUUUAUGAUGAAUAGAAAUUAAAACAAAAAUAUACACAUAUACACAGUACUACAUAGGGUUUAACAGGACUAUUUGACAUUUUUACAUUAUGCUUACAUCUAAACAUGUCUAAUAGUCCAGUAACACUGUAUACAAAAGUACCGAGGUACAGUUAUUAAUAUUAAUUAAUUUGGUUGCCAUGGGCGAGCUAGAUAAUGUAAUAUAAACUUUAUUUACAUUAAUUUAGUGUUAUGGUUAACAAUGCGUCCUUGCUUCGGUAAUAACUAAUAAUUGCUGAAGUUACUCAUUAUUUAUUAAUAAAAUUAUACAAUUUUGUCACGGAAUUGUUCAUAUUAUAUUUGAUAAACUAUAAAAUAGUGUUUUGUUUUCAUAAAUUGUAAACCAUGAACAUAAAAAUAGAAUAUUAUUUCCAGCUUAUAAAAUUAAUGUACGUUGAUUUAUUUUAAAUCUUGAUAAUUUAUAAAGUGGCAAAUACAUAAACAUUUUUUUUUUUUUUUUUUAUAAGAUGUAUUGAAUGUUCCAAAUGUUUCAAUUACAAACACCACCUUAGUCGGCACAUGAUGACAGUUCAUAAAUCUGAUUCAUUGGAAAAAUUAUUCAAAUGUCCUGUCUGUGAUAAGGCAUUUUUAUUUAAAGAAUAUUUGACACUACACACUAAGUAUGAUUAUUUAAAAAUAAUAAUAAAAAAAAAAAAAUUGAAUUAUUCAACUUGUGCACAAAAUAAUAUGAUUAAUUGAUUUUGUUUAAAUUUUUAGUAGCCAACAUAAGGGCAAACAUUAUAUGUGUCAGAUUUGUGGAAAAACUUUUUCUACAAAUUCAUUACUGAAUAAACAUCAAUUAUGUCACACUGAUGAACGACCAUACAUGUGUGAACAUUGUGGACGGACAUUUAAGUGUAAAAAUCAUUGUGAUACACAUACAAAAAAUAUGCAUCCAGGAUACCCACAACAUGCACUACCACCUGAAAAAUUUGAAUGUAAUUUGUGCAAUAAAAAAUUUAGCACAAAAAUAUACCGUGAUAUGCACUUUAAAAGGCAUAAUGGCCAAGGUCAUAACUGUGAUAUAUGCUUCAAAUUAUUUGUUUCCAAAGCACAUAUGCAAAGGCAUAUUAAAAUAUUGCAUCCAAAUUAG